GUGGGUAGAGACCGGCAUGGUGCUGGUUGGUGGGUAGAGACCGGCAUGGUGCUGGUUGGUGGGUGGAGACCGGCAUGGUGCUGGUUGGUGGGUAGAGACCGGCAUGGUGCUGGUUGGUGGGUAGAGACCGGCAUGGUGCUGGUUGGUGGGUAGAGACCGGCAUGGUGCUGGUUGGUGGGUAGAGACCGGCAUGGUGCUGGUUGGUGGGUAGAGACCGGCAUGGUGCUGGUUGGUGGGUCUGAGACCGGCAUGGUGCUGGUUGGUGGGUCUGAGACCGGCAUGGUGCUGGUUGGUGGGUCUGAGACCAGCAUGGUGCUGGUUGGUGGGUAGAGACCCGCAUGGUGCUGGUUGGUGGGUCUGAGACCCGCAUGGUGCUGGUUGGUGGGUCUGAGACCCGCAUGGUGCUGGUUGGUGGGUCUGAGACCCGCAUGGUGCUGGUUGGUGGGUCUGAGACCCGCAUGGUGCUGGUUGGUGGGUAGAGACCGGCAUGGUGCUGGUUGGUGGGUCUGUGACCCGCAUGGUGCUGGUUGGUGGGUCUGAGACCGGCAUGGUGCUGGUCAACGAUCCUAUAGCAGAGGAUCUUUGGUGCUGGUUGGCGACUUCUUCUCAGGCUCUCUCUGGGAAAGUCGAGGGCGGUCGGCGUCUAUGGAUGACUGUGUGAUUGAAGUGCCUCGUUGUUGACACACUUGAGAACACUCCUGCCACAAGGAUGAGAAGGUGUUGCUCUUUCACACGUUGAUCUAUCAUGUCAUGUGUAUCUUUCUAUUGACAUGCACAAGGCAAGGCUUCAUGGGUCGGCUUUGGGAAGAUCCAGAACUGAGCACGGCUCAACCUUGUGCAGAGAGCAGAUCAAAAGUUAACUUGGUAUUCUGAAAGGUACUUCUGAAGUGAAAGUUCAAUCAGAUUGAUGACUAACUUUUAUUAGGUAGUUGGGUAAAUGCUUGAAAAGGAGAACAUUUGCUGUGGUAUGGAUGGUUCGCUCUGUAACCUUCAACAUGGCUGAUGAGGCCAAUCUGGGAUAUGCAGCCUCUGCCACAGUUGGGGCAGUGGGUGAACGACAAAGUGGGUGGGGUGAUGGGGAUACCUUGACGUACUUAUGUUGAUUUCCUGUGUUUCUCCUGGAGAGAGUCGAGGUGCUCAAUAUCUUCUGCUGUUCCCCCACUUUAAGGAGUCAGGGAUUCCAACGAGUCAUUGAGGAUGAUACUGUUUUUUCACAGGGACAUUGUGAAUGUCUCAGUAGCCCUAUCUUUGUCAUCCUGUGCACUAGUGAUUCACAACCUUUUUUAGUUCAUGGCCCCCUUGGGCUCUUUAAAUUUUCUGUGCCCCCCCCCCUGAUAUUAUUAGCGGAAAAAAAGUGGCAUCCUUCAUUGAACCUGUGGCCCCCUAAAUCCCCAAAUUUUUCUGUGGCCCCCCUGAAACUAAUCUGUACCAAAAUCGAGCGGCCAUUUAAACUAAUACUACUUAAUCCCAUUUUAUUUUCCCGACAUUCCCAUUAACUCCCCUGCAGAUGUUACUACUUAUUUAAACACUAGGGAUAAUUUACAGCAGGUAAUGAACAAGUUCAAGUUCAAACCUAGCAGCCUUAGAGAUGUUGGAGUAAAGUGGAGAACAUGCAAACUCCACACAGGCAACAUCCAAAGUCUGGAUCGACCCUGGGUCAUUUGAACUAUGAGGCAGCCUCUCUACCAGCUGUGCCGCUCUUGCUUUCGCCAUGCCCUUUGUCAAUCCCCUGAAGAAUCUUGUACGUUUCAAUAAUAUCAAUUCCAUUUUUCUAAACUCCAUUGAUUAAAGGCUUGGUCUGCUUAAUCUAUCUCCAACACCAAACCAUCACAGGAAUCAACCUAGUGCACAUUCUCUGCAUUGCCUUCAAUCCAAUGGUGUCCCUCUUAAAAAUGGAGUCCAAAACUCUUCCCAUGGUUACGAACACCCAACGUGGGGACACACUGUACAUAGAAGUGAGUGUUUGGGAGACGGGUGGGAUGGAUUUGUCGGCUACUGCGGGGCUGUAGGCAUCUUUUGCCAGGUGGAAGCGGGGCAUGUCUGCGUACCUACUUUCCACCACCCUCUGAGCUGCAAUAAUCGAGGACAAGCUGAGCAGAACUAUGGUUAAGCUGAGCAGACUCACUUGCACAUUCACUGGGUGUGUGAGGCCAGCUGGCGGCCACUCUCUUGCGUCGCCUCAUUCUCCCAUCGCAGCUGUUUCUAAGAUCCUCUCACACUGUUCAUUUCCGACUUAGGAACAGAUUGGGUUGCACACAGUUCUCUGGAAUGAAAUUAUGUCAUAACCAGGGAACUUCUUAUGUCAUAACCAGUAAAACUUCCUGCUUUGUUUUACUUGGCUCCAGUUUUCUAUGCAUUACAAAUGUUUAUUUUUUUAAGCGUUUCUCAGAGAGUAGUGAUAUUAUGGAAUUCUGUGCUCCAGUGGGUGUUUGAGGCCAGAUCAAUAGACGUAUUUAAAGCAGAGAUAAGUAUUUGAAGGAUUGUGGAAUUGAGAAUAGACGCAAGUAACUUCAAAUGCUAGUUUAUAAAAGGAGACAAAGUGCUGGAAUAACUGAGCAAGUCAGGCAUUAUCUCUGGAGUACUGGAUAGGUGGAGUUUCAGUUUGGGACCCAUCUUCAGACAGUCUCGGGAUACUGGUCUUGAAGAGGAAUUGAGUCCAGCUUUGAUCAGCCAUGAUUAUAUUGAAUGGUGGAGCAGGGUUCAGGAUCAUGGUGGCCUACUCCUACUACUAUUUUCUUAGGUUCUUGUGUAUGUUCUUUUUAACUCCACAGUAGCAGCUUUUGUUUUAAUCAAUUAAGGCAACUGGAACGUCUGAGGCACGUUUGUUGUUGAUGAAUGGGAAGCGCAAGUGCUUUUGCAAAUGCUCCAACUUUAGUUCUUGCUCAGUUGACUACAUGGUAAAUUAAAAAGACGAGGAAGACAUUCUUGACAAUCAUAGUUUAUUAUAUUGUAUUGAUUUUUAAGGAUGCUAACAGUGGUUUUGCACGUAGCCUGAAGACAGCAAUGCAUGAGCUGGAGUUGAGAGCCCUAGCUGCAUUAAUGCAAUAUAAAGAUGACAAAAUGAUUUUGAAUGAAUGAAUGAAUACUUUAUUGCCACACGUGACAAGUCACGGUGAAAUUCUUUGCUUGCAUACCCAAGGUUAUUUGCAACAUAAGACCCCCCGACGCCGGCUCCCCAUUGUUCUUCCCCCUCCCUCAUGGCGGUCCCAACAUGCUGGGUCCUCCUUUGUUCCUUCCCUCGGCAGCGACAUCCUCACUCCACGUGAUCUGUCAAAUAUCUUAGGUUAAUUAACCAUAUCUGAAGUUACCGUUGGGGGGAAAUGUAGCAGCUAAUUUGUGUAUAACUAGAUCCCAUGAAUUGGAACAAAAAUAACUCUAAUAAUCUGCAUUUUAGUAAAGUUCAACAGGCGAUCAGAAAUAACUCCAAUAAUCUCCUUUGAAAUAGUAUCAAGGAAUCAUGUAUGUCUACCAGGGAGACUGGACGGGGCCACAAAAUGCUGGAGUAACUCAGCGGUGAGGCAGCAUCUCUGGGGAGAAGGAAUAGGCGACGUUUCGGGUUGAGGCCCUUCUUCAGGGGAGACCCUUCUUCAGUGAAGAAAAGUCUCGACCCGAAACAUCACCCAUUCCUUCUCUCCAGUGAUGCGGCCUCACCCACUGAGCUUUUUGUGUCUACCUUCGAUUUAAACCAGCAUCUGCAGUUCUUCCUUACACAGACUGGAUGGGGCUUCAGUACAGACGCUAUGGCUAAUGGCAAAAUUAUAAUUUUGGGAGGCUUUAUGGUAAAGUUCUUAUUAAUUUAUUGUUUUCAAAAUGGGCAGAAAUCUUGUUUGUUUUGUACAUUAUUAGAGUUUAUUGUCAUAUGCAAGUGUAUAAUAAAAGGGUGUCAGAGCAGGAAUGAAGAGGAGUGAUAAAGAGAUAAAUCAUCUGCAUGAAGCGCUGACUCAAGAAGGCGGCAUCUGUCAUCAAGGAUCCCCAUCAUUCAGGCCCUGUCCUGAUCUCACUGCCACUACCUGGCAGGAGGUACACAAGCCUGAAGUCACACACCACCAGGUUCAGGAACACCUACUUUCCUACUAUCAGCUUCUUGAACCAAUCUGCACAAUCCUAUUCCUACCUUGGCAACAGACACCACGGGCCAUCUCUUAUUUAUGUCUUAUUUAUUGUGCACAAUUUUGUCACCAUGUGCCUGCGAUGAUGCUACAGGCAAGAUUUUCACUGUACUUGUCUCUCUUGUGCUUGAGCAAAAAACCCGAAUCGACUAUAAUUAUUUCCGCAUUAUCAACUCAAAUUUCACUGUACAUUUAAGGUACACAAAAAAGCUGGAGAAACUCAGCGGGUGCAGCAGCAUCUAUGGAGCGAAGGAAAUAGGCAACGUUUCGGGCCGAAACCCUUCUUCAGACUGGGCAACGUUUCGGGCCGAAACCCUUCUUCAGACUUUCACUGUAAAUUAAUUGGUACAUGACGUGACAAUUAAAUUGAAUCUUGAAUUAUACAAAUUCGGAAUAAGGUUGUUGAAGCUUGAAUUGAAUUGAAAACAAUUUAUUAGUCAAGUAUGGAUACAUACAAGGAAUUUACCGGUGCUUUGCUCGCAAGUAACACGAUAUACAGUAAACAAUUAAGAAUAAAACAUUAUAACUUAAACAUGUGAAGAACUUUACAUGUGAAGAAUGAAAUAAAAUACCAGAGCAAAAGGAGGCUAGGCAGAAGGAUGUCAGGAAUACUGUGCAGAAUGUCGCAAUUUUAUUAUGCAACCAGGGUUGUAUCCAAAGAUUAUAGAGCCGCCCGAAGUUGCACGGUGACUGCUGCUAGUUUAGUUCAGCCUCCCGGGUUAUAAUUUCCGCAUUAUCAACCAAUUGUAUCUCCCGCAGAACUCCGAGACAAAUUUGGAAUGAGUGUCGAGAUGAUUCAAGUCAGUCUCCAACACUUGAACGAAUGAAGGCAGCAGCUGUUCAAAGGCGCUGGUCGCUGGGAAAUCACCUCUUUAUCAUAGCCCAUCCCAUCAAGGAAACACGGACCAGCCCGAUGUAGGUGUGCUCAGGACCAACAUUCAUCUCGGGAGCUCUGCUGUUACUGGUUUUCUGGGCGUUGAGACAAGGAAUAUACCAAAUGCUUCUUCUUCGGCGCGGAAUAAUUAUAUUAAUGCACAAAGUUCGAACGCACGAUUUGACAUAAAUAAGAAUGAUGACAAAUGAAUUAGAAGUGGGCAAGUCCAGCCAGACGGAGAUGUUCACAUUUCCAGUCAAUGCAGCUGCUCAGAAAAAAAUUGAUGAUGUGCAUGAAGAACCAAUUGAGAACGAAGACUUGGCAAGCUAUUUGGAAUCGCUGAGUGAGGUACCAUCGCAAUCUACAAGGUUGUGCGGGUAUCUCAACAAGCUGGGAGGCAAAGGCCCACUCAAAGGCUGCAAGACCCGUUGGUUUGACUUUGACUCAAGGAAAUGCCAUCUGUAUUAUUUCCGAAAUGCCCAUGAUAACAGUCCACUGGGGAGCAUGGAUUUAUCAAAUGCUGCAUUUAAUUAUUGCCUGGAAGCCGAGGAAGGAACUUUUGAAAUUAAAACUCCAGAGAAGGAUUAUACUCUAAAGGCAAAAAACAAAGAAGUCAUGAUGUACUGGUUACAGCAAUUGCAGCAGAAACGUUGGGAACAUGAUAAGCUGAACCAUCUCUUAGAAGGUGAUCUCCCCACAUCUGAUCCACAACCUGACACUCCACCAGCAUUCAAAACAGAAGAGGAAACAAAUGAGUUCCUGGAUCCGGUGAAGACACCGACAGGCCUGGUUGGGGAAGAAGCAGCCUCGUUGCCUGCCCCUCUACAACCAAGCACUUUGUCCAACUUCUCCCUCAAGCAUCUGGGAACUGAAAUCCAAAAUUUUGGUUCAAAAACUGUGCUUCAGUUCUGUGGGAACAAGCCGUUGAGGGAAAAUCGAACAAGCUGUGAAGAAAUGAACCAGGCAGCAAGUGAAAUGAGCGGAAGUCCAGCCCUGCCCAAAGGAGAGGAUACAUCAGUUAAGGAGUGUCACCUGGAAGUACAGAAGCCUCUACCCCGAAAGACUUCAACAGCCGGCAAUUUGAGAAACUUAGUCAAUUUUCUCAACACUGGUCCAAUGUGGCAGGAGAGGUUUGCAGUGAAGGAUGGGACUUCCCCAGCCGAAUUAAACAAGGAUGUCUUGAGACUCACCAGGGAGCUGAAUGCACAAAGGGAACUGGUGAAGCUCCUGCACAGGGCUCUGGAAGCAGCGCAGCAGGAGAAGAGGGCUUGCGGCUCGUUUCUCACGGCUGAUGACUCUACCCGCCUGGAGCUGGUGCGGCACAAGGUGCGGCAGAUCAGGGAGCUGGAGAAUCGCGUGUGCUCGCUGGAGAAGGAGAGGCACGAGAUGGAACAGAACCUGAAGCUCCAGCAAACCCACGUCGACGAGCUGAAGCAGCAUGCCCAGCUGCUGAUGGACAAGAACCACGCCAAGCAGGAGGUCAUCCUAAAACUCACCGAGCAGAUGGUAGCCAAGGAGACUGAAAAGCCAGAAUUUGACGAGGUUAUCGCCACAACCCUGGACGAGUUGAGGACAAAGGUUUCACACAUGCAGGAUGUUCAAGAAGCCUACAAUACGCAAAACAAGUUCUUGAAUUCUGAGAUCUAUCAGAUCACCAAGCUGUGGCAGAACGCCAGGGAUCAUGAGAAGGCCCUGUCCAUGAAGUGUGCAUAUCUCGAGGCCAGAUACUGUCAGAUUGAGAGUAAAUACCUGGUCAUGCUUCACAAGCUCCAAAACAUAAGUGGCCAAGAUGAAACCUGCCAAGAAAUAGUAAAGCAAUUCAUUGCUGAGCAGCUGAAAUGGGAGAUUAAGCAGGAAUCCAAUCUUGCAAUUGGCCAGAUUUGCAGUGAGCAUGAUGAAUAUGGCUUCAAGUUGGUAUCUUCCCCAGUGCAGGACCAAAACAUCCUAGCCAAAAUCCAAGCUCUUGAACGAAAAUCCAACGACCUGAUUCUCGGCCAGGAUGGUCAGGAGAAAAACAUCCAGGUGAGGUGGGAAAACCAACUGUCCGGUAAGAACUUUGGAGAACUCAUGCCGUCACCAGAGUUAAAGAACCUGAUCAGAAAUGGCAUCCCCAAGGAGCAUCGAAAGCAUGUUUGGAAAUGGUGCAUCAAUAGACGGGUUCGACACAUCAGGGAACGAUACGGCAGCAACCGUUACCAGGAGCUGCUGAAGCUUUGCAAGAACAAGCAGCAAGCAGCCUCCAAGCAGAUCGAGCUGGACCUCCCACGGACACUGACCAAUAACACACACUUCAGCUCGCCCUCUUCCAAGAUGGUUCAGAUGUUGCGCCGGAUGCUACUGGCAUACUCAUGGCAAAACCCAGAUAUUGGGUACUGUCAGGGACUGAACAGACUGGCGGGUAUUGCGUUGUUGGUGCUUCAGGAAGAAGAAGAUGCCUUUUGGUGCCUGGUCGCCAUUGCUGACUGCAUCAUGCCAGAAGAUUACUACAGCAAAACUCUCACGGGUUCCCAGGUUGACCAGAGGGUGUUUAAGGAUCUAUUGUCAGAGAAGAUGCCUCGGCUGGUGUCUCACUUCGACCAGUACAAUGUAGAUCUCUCUUAUGUCACAUUCAACUGGUUCCUGGUGGUUUUUGUGGACAGCCUGCUGAGUGACAUCCUCCUCCGGGUCUGGGAUGCAUUCCUCUAUGAGGGAACAAAGGUUAUAUUUCGGUAUGCACUGGCAAUCUUCAAGUGCAACGAGGAAGACAUUCUCAAACUUCACGACAACCUGGCAAUUUAUGAUCAUCUGCAAUGCCUGACCAAGAACAUUUCUGAGGAAAAGAAACUCAUGAACAUUGCGUUUGUUGAAAUGAACCCAUUCCCCAUGAGGCUGCUUCAGAACCGACGAACUGUGCAUCUGGAGAAACUCAAAGCUGAGCUGAGGGAGCUGGAGAAGAUACGGGUAGAAUACGUGAAAGAUAGAGAAGAACACAAGGAGCUAAUUGCUGUUCUUAGCGAGGAUGAGGAAGAAACAUAGAGAGCUUGUCCUGCAACCUCAAACUUGGACAUUUCUACACAGGAGGUUUUGAAAAUCUGACUGUCUUCUAAGAUUCUUGCAAGAUACGUUUGCAGGAGAAUGCACUCGAGUAAAGUUGCCAGAUUUUUUAAAUUAUGUUUACCUAUUUCAUGUUUAUCGUGGCCAUGUAUUGCUGGCCAGAAAAAGCAGGGUGUAGAUACAGACUCAAAGCUAUUGGGAAAACAAAUGUGGCCUUUCCAAAGAGUGUCCCUUGGAAGUCGGAAUAGUUUUGCUCCUCUCAUGCCAAAGCUUCCUAUGAAUAAGACGGGUUAAUCUAUCUCAAGGUAUUCCAGGUAGUUUUGUGCUGUUUAUUUUGUUUGGGAUUCUUCCUGAUUUUUAUUCAUCUGAGCUCCAAAUAUGGGAGAUCCUAACAAUGCAGGACAUUAGACCUGAUGACUGAUUGCACAGGAAUAAAUUUGGUGGCUGAUUGAUAAUUCAGCAGAAAGGUUUGCACACAUUGACCGACUGGGUUGGCAUGCUUUAGAUAUUAGCUCUAUAAAUGGAUUUAUGUGUAGACCUCUCUCUUUGGUCUCCAGUGGGGAAAAUGUUUAAUCUCAAAUGUAUUUCUUGAGAGGAUGGCAGUGCCCCUGAAUGAGUGAGAAACUAUCUUUAUUUAUGUACUGUUAACGUUUGACUGGUGAUCUUGUAUGUGCUGCCCAGAGGUUUUUGUAGAAGAAAUUCUUGUGCUGUGUCUGGAGUUUCAUCUUGUUGGGUAUUUGUUAAGCUAGGUUUUGGGGUGCACUCCAACUCCAACCUAAAUUCACCCUAACUCUGACUUUGUCUAAUGAACGGGAUUAUUGAAGCCAUUGGCUCAGCAAGAAAAGUUAUCCAAAUGUACUCUGGUCCUGGAAACUGGUUUUCCUAAUGAUUGAGAGGCGGGAGAUGAUCUUAUGAUGUUAAGACACUCCAAAGACGUACAGGUUUGUAGGUUAAUUGGCUUUGUAUAAAUGUAUAAAAUGUCUCUAGUGUAGGACAGUGUUAAUGUGCGGGGAUUGCCGGUCAGUGCGGACUCAGUGGGCCGAAGGGCCUGUUUCCGUGCUAUAUCUCUAAACUAAACUAGACUAGAAGACAGCCAGUGAAAACUUUGAUAUAAGAGCCGAGCCAAAAGUAUAUAUUUCCAAAAUAUGCCUAAAGACCCUUUUUGUCGUCAACUUUCAUUGUAAAGUGCCAUCUUCGACAAAACUGUAUUGUUGUGGUCAUUCACUGGCUGGUGAGAACACCGACACCAUGGACCCUGUUUUCCCUAGCACUGACAUCAGGGCUAAACUGUAAAACCAAUUUAAUCUACCCAGUCUUUCCAUGAAUGUGCUGGGCUCAGAGUAAAAACUAUCCAUUUCUGAUGUAAUAUUGACAAUUGACCUGACAUUAAUUUGUUGUUUGGAAAAAUAAUUCCACCUUCUUUAUCAGCUCAAUGAGAGGUUUAAUGCCCCCAACAAUUUGGAAAUUGAUUUUUUGGGGAGAAAAAUAAUCCAUUUUACUCCAUCAAAGGGAUUUUAUUUGAUUUCAUGCAAGCUUCAUCUUCUAACAAAUUAAUAAAACAAAUGAUCAAAUUAUAAUGAGUAAAUUAAUUGUUUGCCAUUAUAAUUUAGAUAACUUUAAUUAUAAAUUAUUGGGACAAUUUAUCUUUUCUGUUUUCCUUUAAGUAUGAGCUAGAAAAUAUUAAUUGUUCUAGAAGGAAACUAAUUCGGUGAUCAAGAAAUCGGGCAAUAAGAAUAAAAUGCUGGCAAUGCCAGAAAGGUAAUCAACUUUAAAUGUUAACUCUGCUUCUUUCUCCUGUUCUACCUGACUUGUGGAGUGUUUCCAGCAUUUUCUGUUUACAUCUCAAAUUUCCAGCAUCUGCAGUUUUAUGUUUUGCUUUUUGCAGUCACAGAAGUUGGGCAUAAAUUUUACUAACCUUCUCCUCACUUGUCGCCAUGAUCCCUAUCAGGAGACUGUUGCCUGUUCCACAAUGUGAGAAACUGAUUUUUAAAAAAUUACUGCUUCCAAAAAUCCCAGGUGUAUUGUGUCGUCUUUUAAAGAGACAUUAAGAUAUGUUGUUAAGGGUCUUGUCUCAAACAUAAAGACCUACCAGAUACUGCUUUUGACCGUGUGGUUCUUGGUUGUGACACGGGAUCUUUGACUUGAAGUGUUAAAUGCUCUGUUUCUCUCCACAAAUUCUGUCUGACCUGUAAAAUGUUUCCAGCAUUUUGUUUUUUCCAGCGUGCAUCACUUUCUGGGGUUUCGUUCUUGUGUGUGCACAUUUUUCUCCGGUUAACGGUGUCAUUCAAAUUUGGUGUCAGUGGGCAUAGUCAUUAAGUCUGUAUCUUUCUAAAAAAAAAAGCCAUCAGAAUCUAAAAGCACAGAUGCAAUGUUAAAUGCUCAAUUUUUCUGUUAACAAAAAUUAUAGAUUAUUUCACAAUUAUCUUUAAAAUUAUCACAGUACAUUAUUUUGGAGCAUGUAGUAACUAUAUUUGCAACCGCUAACAUGCAAAUGAUGGUUUUCAUUGGAAAUGUAUUGAAAAUAGCCAUGCAUGGCAAAUUGCCAAAAAGGUGAACAAUAAUUGAGUCAUACAGCUACUUGUGAUUGUCAUCAGAGUUAAAGGAAAUAACAGUAUUUCAUGUCACACACUGGUUCGUACUUUUUAAGUCUGCAAAGAUAAACCUAGAGAGAAGAGUCUUCCAAAUAUGCAAACCUGACUUUAGUUUUGCUGGUAGACAUAAAUACUGGGGAAACUCAGUGGGUGAGGCAGCAUCCAUGGAGGAAAGGAAAUGGGCAACGUUUUCAGGUCGAGACCCUUCACAGUUAUGUUGGGUUUUGUCAUAAUAAUCUCUAUAAAGUGCUUAGUGCAAACUGAACUAAGUACUCUCAUUUUUUAGAUUAAUUAUAUGGCUGUCAGACAUAAUCUACUCGAAGCAAUACUUGAGAAGCUUAAUUUAAUCUUCCUUUGCAAAAUAAUGUCUACUUCGUGCUUUGUGAAUUGUGCCAACUGAGGUGAUAUUCUGCUAAUAUGUUUAAAAGCCUCAUUAGUAAACAUGCACUUUAUUAAACAGAGCCAGCCACUACUGCACUGAUGAUGUUAUUUUACCAUCUCUUUGUUCUCAAAAGCCCAAGCAUAUAAUGUUCGUGCAUUCUUCCCUCCCAUUUAUCUUGUGUCCUAUUCUGCAAAGUGCAGUGAAGUCCCAUUCCUGCAGGUGGCUGCUUCAUGUUGCAUGUGUUAGUAGGCUAUUUAACUGAGGGUACAAGCACAACCGUAGAGUUGUAGAGAGUUACAGCAUGGAUACAGGCCCUUAUACCCAGUGUCCAUGUCAAGUAUCAAUCACUCAUUUACAUUAAUCCUACACAAAUAUAUAUUUUUAUCCUCAUAUUCUCAUCAACUCCCCCAUAGAUUUCACCCACACUCUGGGUGGCAGUCUGCAGUGUCCAAUUAACCUACCAACUCAAACAUCUUUGAGAUGUCAGAGGAAACACAAGUGGUCCAAUUGGUCUGAUUCUUACUGUCACCUGCCAAAGACGUACCUUCCCAUUAGAAUUCUGCUUUGUAUGUUAAUUUCACCCCAUCCCUCUCAGCCUGAGAUCGAUAAACGCACAAAUCUUUUAGAUUCCAAAGCUUCCUGGUUUAUUUCUGAGGUUUUUUUUAAUGGUUUACAAAUCUAAAGUCAAUAAAUAUUCAGCCUAACCCAAAUAGAAAAUGAUUCCAAUUGCUUUUUAUUAAAUGCUUAUAUAUUUUUGAGUAAAAGGUGCAUUCAUAAUUGUUCAACCCACCAAUUUCUAAAGAGUUGCAUGUCACUCCUUCAUUGUGUGACAUCCUUUGACAGCACUUAUUUUGUUAUUUAAAGGACCACGUAUACUUGGCCAUAAACAAGCAUAUAAAUCAAAUCAAAUCUUGCUUUAUUUCUAAAUGUUAUGUGUUGACUUAAAUUGGUGUAUAUUUUUGAUAAAAGUAUUAAAAUGUUUCAAAUGGUGCUGUGGAAUGUUGGAGACUUUUUUCUAAAGUGUAUUUUCUUUAACUUGUUUGCAAAGGUUUAUAGAAAAUUAAAAAAAAUAGAC